UCUCCUUUCCAAUGUUCUCUGUUUCUUGGCUGAGCUGAACGUUGAGGGAUCUCUGUCGGAAAUAACUCCGGCAGCAAGACGGCCUCAGUCUAUCUUGGAUCAACCGACCUCAGGCUUAGUUCGGGAAACAGCAGCAACAAUAUUCCCUUUCCCCUACCUCUAUACAUACAUACACCUCUCUUUGCCAAUAUUCAUCAGACCAUCUCCUCCUCAACUCGUCAUUAUAAUUUGUGGAAAUGAAUCCUCUCUUUAUCUUCCUCCUCCCCAUUGCUCUGGUUUCUGCUCAGGAUCUUCGAGUUGGCUUCUACAACUCCUCUUGCCCACAGGCUGAGCCCAUCGUGAAAGCUGUAGUGCAAAAGCACUUCGGUACCGACCCCUCCAUCGCCGCCGGUCUCCUUCGCCUCUACUUCCAUGAUUGCUUCGUUAGGGGCUGUGAUGCUUCUAUCCUCAUCGAUUCAACGGAGAAGGCACGGUCUGAGAGGUUUGCCGGGACUAACCGCUCAUUGCGUGGGCUUGAUAUCAUCGAUGAGGCUAAAUCGAAUCUCGAGGCUCGAUGCCCGUCCACCGUCUCGUGUGCAGACAUAAUAGCGCUCGCCACUAGAGAUGCUGUGGUCCUUGCCGGCGGCCUCGGCUAUGAUGUGCCUACUGGCAGGCGGGACGGACUCAGGUCGGAGGUUAAAGACGUCCGCGGCAUACCCGGGCCGAUGGACACCAUCCCUCAGGCAAUACAGGACUUCGCACGCAAAGGGCUCACGGUUAAGGACAUGGUUGUCCUCUUGGGUGCACACUCCAUCGGCGUUACUCACUGCGGCGGAUUCCGAACUCGGCUAUUACGUUCCCCAUCAACCGGCAAAUUUUUUGGUCCCACAAUGGAUACGAGCUUAAGGGCUAAGCUUCAGCAAGCUUGCGGCAAUAGUUCCAUACAAUUGGAAAACGAGCCGACGGUAUCUUUUGAUCAGAACACGCCGAUGGCCAUCGACAACCGUUUCUACAGUGAGUUACUGCACAGCAGAGGGGUGUUGGAAUUCGACCAGAUGCUGGCUUUGGAUAACUCGACAAAGGGAAUCGUUGAGCAUUUGGCAUCGGAUAAUGAUGGGUUUCUGAAGAAGUUUGCCGAUGCUAUGGUGAAGUUGGGAAACGUUGAAGUUCUUGUGGGCAGCGAAGGGGAGAUAAGAAAGAAGUGCAAUGUUUUCAACAUGCCAUCUUAAGGUUUCUUAUAAGAUGUGAUAAUUGGGACUAAGUUGGUUCUCUUGGAUAUAUAUUUCGAGUUACCACAUUUAGUUUCUCUUUAUAUCAAGGAAGUCAGUCCUGAUCCAGUCGAGCUGGGUUUGUAUGCCUCGAAUCUACUAGUAAUUUCUCUGUAUAAUUUACGCACUAAGCCAGCCAAGGCAGAGAAUAAGGUGCUCCUUUUGAUUCUGUAU